AUGGCAGGAUCAGUUUUCGUUUCUGGAGCCACUGGUUUCAUCGCUCAGCACAUUGUUAAGCAGUUGAUUGAAGAGGGAUACACUGUUGUUGGUAGUGUCAGGUCCACCGAAAAGGGUGAAGCCUUAAAGAAAAAUGUAGGUGACAAAUUCUCAUACGAAAUUGUCAAGGACAUCCAAGAAGAAGGAGCAUUCAAUGAAGCAUUGAAGAAGCACCCAGAGGUCACUGUUGUAUUGCACACUGCAUCUCCAUUCCAUUUCAAGGCCACUGACCCGGAAAAGGAAUUGUUGUUACCAGCUGUUCACGGUACUAAGAACGCUUUAAAGGCCGUUGCUGAGUUCGCACCACAGGUCAAGACUGUCGUAAUCACUUCAUCUUACGCAGCUAUCGCACCUGCAGAUAAGGAGAUCGACCCAACUUUCACGAUUACCGAAGAAACUUGGAACAACAUAUCAUGGGAGGAUGCUAAGGCCAAUGCCUUUUCGGGCUACCGUGGAUCCAAAGCAUUUGCUGAAAAGGCGGCCUGGGAGUUCGUUAAGACCGAAAAGCCUAACUUUGUCUUGUCAAUUGUCAACCCAGUGUUCGUUUUCGGGCCUCAGGCUUUCGACUCGGAAAUCAAGGCAGAAUUGAACACUUCUGCAGAGUUCAUCAACAAUAUCUUGAAGCAAAAGCCAGACGAAGAAUUGGCUGCGUUCAAGGGUGCCUUUAUUGACGUUAGAGACGUCUCUAAGGCCCACAUCUUAGCUUUUGAAAAGCCUGAGUUGGCAGAACAAAGAUUGUUACUUGCUAACGGAAGAUUUGCUGCACAAGAUGUGGCUGAUAUCUUAAACACUAAAUUCAAAGACGUUUUGGGCGGAAAAAUUCCAGUCGGUACCCCAGGCUCCGGACCUGAAGUCACCAGUAAGUUAGCCAAGAUAGACAAUUCCAAGACCAAGAAGUCGCUUGGUUUCGAAUUUGCUUCUUUGGAAAAGACCGUUGCCGACACAGUUCAGCAAAUCUUGGAUGUGAACGGUGGUAUCUAA